AUGGCAGUGGCUACCGUUUCUGCUGGUGGUUUGAACGGUGGGUGGAGGCUUGAAGGAGCGUGGAUGGUGAUGGAGUUACUGGCGGUGGAGAAAGAGAGAGACGGUGGAGAAAAAAAUCUAAUGGCAGGGAGAAGACAGAAGAAAGAUCGAUUUUGUGUUCUAUCAUUUGUUCAUUGGGUUGGUGGUCGUCAAGCGGGAAUGAGUGACUUGCAUGCCGAAGCACCAUCGGAUGGAGCAAAUUAUGGACGAUCGAGUUAA